UUCCCUGUUUUGUAAAACGAGAAUAUUUCUGAAAGUUUUCAUAAGUAAAUUGGACGUAUACAUGGAUAUAUAUUCACGUUUUGGAUGUAUAGUAUUGAAGGAUUAUGGAGUUAUAUCACUUUGAAUUGCAGGUUUGAAAAGCAUGUAUGGCUAUGAUGCCGUCUGGACCAUGUGUGAAGUAGAGACAGCAUGACGCCAAAAACCCAAAGAUGAAGUCGGAAAUUUUUAUUCUCACAGCGCUAUGGCUGUGCAGGGGCAGCUAUUCAAAAAACUAUAUAUCUAACAGGUUUAGAUCAACGCACGUGUUUAAUCACUCUAUCAUAGACCGUGUUACGGGAAAAGUGUAUAUCGGUGCUGUAAAUAGGUUAUAUCAAUUAUCAGAAAGUCUGGUUGAGGAAAGUGAGUAUUUGACCGGACCGAAAAAUGACAAUCCAAACUGCCCACCCCAGGGGGUGUGCACGUGCGUGCCGGGAGAUAACUGUGAUCAGUACAGAAAGGUACCAACGGACAGCGUAAACAAGGGAUUGGCGAUAGAUUAUGUGUCGAAUAUCCUCGUGGUGUGUACGAAUUUGCUACAGGGUCAUUGUGAGAAGCGAAACCUGGGCGAGAUUUCCCGCACACCAAAUAACAUGGGAACAAACUCUAUCCAAAUUGUCGUCCCUAACGACCCUUCUUCUUCAGCUGUUAUUUUCAUCGACAAGGGACCUGCCAUGUCCCUGACCCCUAAAGGAGUAUUAUAUGUCGGUGCUACUAGGAGUAAACUAAAUGGAUUGGAUGCAUACAAAGAUUUAGUCCCUGCAGUUGCCAGUCGAAAUUUGGACAAUUUCGAAUUGGCUCACAGGUCAUCGUUCUCAGGGAGCACGAAAGUUGAAAUAGCCAGUCAACUCCAGGAUAUCUUCUUUGUGGAUUACAUAUACGGAUUUGGAUCUGGUGGUUUCAGUUAUUUUGUGACAGUUCAGAAAACGGCAACGUCGUCGCAGAAAUAUGCAUCGAGAAUGGUCCGGGUUUGCCAAAAGGAUCCGGCCUAUUACUCAUAUGCAGAGGUCCCUUUGGAAUGCAAUCAAUCUGGAACUAGUUACAACAUCGCUCUUGCGGCAUACCUUGGAAAAGCCGGUGAGCAUCUCGCUCGCAAUAUGACAAUAACGCCGGCCGUUGAGGACGUCCUCUACGUUCUCUUCGCGAAGAGUCAGCCAAACUCCAAGGUACCCUUGAAGAAGACUGUGCUGUGCAUGUACCCCAUGAGAAGCGUGCGUAGCCAGUUCACAAAAAACAUCCAGAAUUGUUUCAAGGGGAUAGGCAACACCGGACCAGCGCAUAUCAACACGCCACAGCCUUGCACACUUUCCAAUUACAAUAUCAACGAUGACUACUGCGGGACUCACAAUUUCAACACACCGAUCGGUGGGACUAUUCCAGUAUCGGCCACCCCUGUCAUCAGCUUUGACAACACGCUGCUUACUGCAAUAGCAGUGUCGCCGGUAGCUAACUACACCGUGGCAUUCUUGGGGACGGAAAAUGGACAACUGAAAAAGGUUGUUUUGGAAUCAAGCUUUCAUGCUCAGGAAUAUGAAACAGUCAGUGUGGAUACUACUAAAGUAAACAGCGAUCUGCAUUUCAGUCCGAACAAGCAGGAAUAUAUAUACGUGAUGACUAAACAAACGAUUUCUCGAGUGAAAGUACAAGAUUGCGCACAAUACUUGACAUGUGACAAAUGUCUGGCUGCCAAGGACCCCUACUGUGGUUGGUGUGCACUUGAAAACAAGUGCACAAUCCAGGAUACAUGCCCCAAUGCCAACCAAGGGAUGCGGUGGCUCCCUUACAGUGGCUACAGAUGUACCAACAUCACCAAUGUCCUUCCAAGACAAGUGCAGAUCGACCCCACGAAAACCACAGCGCUCCAGCUGACUGUAGAGAAUCUCCCGGGACUGCCGCAAGGUGAUCAGUACCACUGUAUGUUCAAGGGUUAUGAUGUCACACGUACAACCUCCGCUACCAAGGACAACGUGACAGUACAGUGUGACACGCCUUAUCCAAACCUUCUGCCACCCAUUCCAACCGGCAAUGACCAUAUCAAAAUGCAGCUUUCCAUUGGAUUGAAGGACAAGGAGAUCGUCUCGACCAACUUCACUUUCUUCAACUGUGAAGUUCAUACAUCAUGUACCUCUUGUACCCAGAGUGACUACCCAUGUAACUGGUGCAUUCAGAACCAUAGGUGUGUCUACCAUCGGGAAGUCUGUGGAAAGGGCGAGGUGCUGGUCACUGGAAAAAAUACACCUGGAACCAGCGACAGGGUCGGGCCUGGAAUGUGUCCACGGAUAGAGUCCAGCGACACAAAGAUCCUCGUACCAUCUGGACAUGAGGAAAACAUCAUCGUUACCGCAGUCAAUCUCAAGGACUUUCAAAUUGAUCUCCGUUGUUACUUCAACAUUGACGGCGGUGUAGAGGUGAAUGCUCGUCUGGUCGUUUCAAACACAGGUGGAAUCAAGACCAUCAAAUGUGAUCCAACGAGGUUUUCUUACCCUGAGGAUACAGGUGUGCGCAAUGUUCCCUUCAAGAUAACCUGGGGGACUGCAGGCAAGGCAAUUGACAACCCGACAGGCAUACAGGGGACUGGGCGCUCACGAGAAAUAGCGACACUUGAGGUAUACAAGUGCUCCGCCCUGGCUGACAACUGUGGUAGCUGCCUCAUUCUCGACUCUAAGUACGGCUGUGGAUGGUGCGUGAACUUUGGCUGUAACAUCCGUGGCAAAUGUGCUAGGGAGUGGCUGUCGAGUUCGUCAACUUGUCCAAAUCCUCAGAUAUUCAGGUUCUACCCCACAUCAGGCCCCAAGGAGGGUGGUACCAACAUCACCAUCGAGGGAGCCAACCUGGGAAAGAAACAGGAGGACAUCAAGGAUGGCAUCAGUGUUGCUGGCGAACCGUGUAAACCAUACUACUUCUCUCAAGCAAGAAUUAUCAAAUGUGUGACUGGAGCAAGCCCCAGCGAGCAAUUUGGCCGGGUCAAGAUCGUUGUAAACACGAACUACAUUGCAGAGUCGACAACUGAUUUUCACUAUGUGGAACCGGUUAUCUUGAACAUCAACCCGACUUUUGGCCUUGUUUCUGGCGGCACCAAAUUAAAAAUCAUUGGAAAAUAUAUGAAUGCGGGAAGUCAUAUUAUGGCAAUGGUGGGUGGACUACCAUGUGAGGUCAUCAGCAAAAACGAGAACACUGCUGAGUGCAUCACGUCUGCUUCAGACAAAGUGAAAAACGGCAGCAUCAUGAUGAAAUUUGACCGUGCAGAGGUCCGGUUUGACAGACAGCUAUACUCGUACGUGCCAAACCCGACAGUGACCAGCGUCGACCCAGAGAAGGGAAUCUUGAGUGGUGGUGUCAUGUUGAAGGUCAGAGGAACUGGGCUGGGAGCUGUGCAGGACCCUAUGAUGUUUGCUCGUGUAUACGGCGUUGACUAUAUCAGUGAUUGCAACGUCACCUCAUAUACAACAAUGAAGUGUUUUUCCCCUGACGUCAACGCCUCCGGACUUGUCACGAAUGCCAACGAACCAAAGCAGAUUCCAUACGGUUUCAUCAUGCAGAAAGUGCGGGUCACGAGGAACAACAGUAAUCAGGGGACCGGAGUGCCAAAGUUUUCGAUUUAUCCGAAUCCGCAGUUUAUGCCUUUCAAAGGUGGUGUUAUGUUUUUCCAGAGCAAGAGUGACUACCUAACAAUUGACGGCAACAAUUUGAACCAUGCGCUGAAGGAGUCUGACAUCAUCGUCAGGAUCGGCACGGGUUAUUGUAACGUGACGUCUAUUGGAAUGCGACAGCUCAACUGUAAACCACCAAGCAGGCAGCCAAGCCAGAAUGGGGGAAGCAGUCCUAAUGUCUUUGUACACGUCGGUAAUCUGACCUUCCCCAUCGGACGCAUCAACUUUGAGGAACCAGCGGGAACGCUCCCAAUCGCUGUUAUCAUCGGUGUAAGUGUCGCAAUCGGCAUCGCUGUUAUCAUCAUCGUCAUCAUCUUCAUGGCGUACUGCCGUAAAUCUCAGGAGAGCGACCGCGUCAUGAAACGGAUGCAGACCCAGAUGGACGUGUUGGAAAGUCGUGUCGCAAAGGAGUGCAAGGAAGCAUUUGCCGAGCUCCAGACGGAUAUGACAGAGCUGACUCAAGACAUGGCGAGCAUUGGUGGCAUCCCAUUUCUCGACUACCGAAGUUUCUGCAUGCGUGUGCUGUUCCCAACCAUGGACGAGUGUGACCAUCCAGUCUGCAGGGCACUUGAGGUUGACCUCAACCGUAAGGAAACCAUAGAGAAGGGACUUCGUCUGUUUGAUGCUCUGAUCGGCAACAAGACUUUCCUUCUCGUGUUCAUUCGUACGCUAGAGGGCAACAAGAACUUCUCCAUGAGAGACAGGGUGAAUGUCGCAUCACUUUUGUCGGUUACGCUGCAAGGAAGAAUGGAGUAUCAUACUGACAUCCUCAAGACAUUGCUGGCAGAGCUCAUAGAGAAGACUGUUGAGAGUAAAAACAAUCCCAAGUUACUGUUGAGAAGGACGGAGUCUGUGGCGGAGAAAAUGCUCACAAACUGGUUCACAUUCCUACUUUUCAAGUUCCUCAAGGAGUGUGCCGGUGAACCCCUCUUCAUGCUGUUCACGGCCAUAAAGGCACAAGUGUCAAAGGGACCAGUCGAUGCAGUCACAUCCGAGGCCAAAUAUUCACUAUCAGAAGACAAGCUGAUUAGACAACAAAUAGAUUAUAGAACUAUUACGUUGAACGUGAUAGAAUAUGAUGCUACAUAUGGUGUCCAGGAACAUCCGGUGCGGGUGUUGGAUUGUGACACGAUAUCUCAGGUCAAGGACAAGAUCUUAGAUAUAAUGUACCGUAACUCACCCUUCAGUAAUUCCAAUCGUCCUCGCAGGGAUGCACUUGAUCUUGAAUGGGUCACGGGCGUCCAGGGUCGCAUCGUCCUCCAAGACGAGGACGUCACGUCAAAAACCGAGGGAGAUUAUAAACAGGUCAACACACUGCAACAUUACAAGGUGCCAGACGGUGCUAAAGUCUCGCUUAUUCCACGCCAAUCCUCGAGCAGUUAUAACCUGUCGCUGCUUUCGGACAGGAGUGCUUAUUCACAUCGAUAUGGUCCGCCACGUGCCAUUCUCCACCUGGGUCCAGGGCCAGAAAAUGCAUCCUAUUUCGCUGGUAGUCCUCAGCUCAGUCGGUCCAUAUCACCCAACACCAUUAGUAUUGACUUGGAGAACAGUGGUGUCAAAUUUUAUCAUCUGGUCAAGCAACACGACGUGAAUGACAACAAGGAAGGUGACCGCGGUAACAAGAUGGUCAGCGAGAUCUACCUCACACGAUUAUUAGCCACCAAGGGUACGUUACAGCAGUACGUGGAUGACCUCUUCGAGACCAUCUUCAGCACCGCCCACCGGGGAAGCGCACUCCCUCUCGCCAUCAAGUAUAUGUUUGAUUUCCUGGACGACCAGGCACUGCAUCAUGCCAUAACUGACCCAGAAACAGUGCACACUUGGAAAAGUAAUAGUCUUCCACUGCGAUUCUGGGUCAACGUGAUAAAGAACCCCGAUUUUGUGUUCGAUUCCCACAAGUCCAACAUCGUCGAUUCCUGCCUCUCGGUCAUUGCUCAAACCUUCAUGGACAGCUGCUCGAUGAAGGAACACCGCCUGGGGAAGGACUCGCCCUCCAGCAAGCUCUUGUACGCCAAGGAUAUUCCCAAGUAUAAGAAAUGGGUGGAGCGGUAUUAUCAAGACAUCAAGAUGAUGCCCGCCAUAUCUGAUCAGGACAUGGGUGCCCUCUUGAGUGAGGAGAGUAGGCAUCAAAAGGAAUUCAAUGUGUCCGCCGCUUUGAAUGAACUCUACAAUUACGUUAUCAAAUACAACGACCAGUUACUCCAGAAUCUGGAGGAGGAUGAAUUUGCCCGGACUUAUAAACUUGCUUACAAACUAGAACAAGUCCAUGGGUGCAUGGAGAGUGAAGUAUGAGACUGCAUGGAGAGUGAAGUAUGGAACUGGAUCGUGCCAUGCACCAAAAAUAUGUCUGUUUUCAAUGCCUGGAUUUCAAUGCAAUGUUCAGUGACUGAUGUUCAUGUACGUGUUAUGUUCUGGUGUAUAAUAAGCUUGGUGUAGAAGUGCAUUCAACAGGACACAUUCGGCCGAACUUGCUCCCAUCGAGAUUUGCCAAGGAAUGAGAGAUUUUCUUUGGGCGUUAUUCAGGAUGUAUACUUCAGAGACAGAUUUUUACAGAGACCAGACAUUCUUCAUUUUAGCUGUGAUCAUGUGACAUAUAUAAUGCAGACGUCAUGACAACGGAGACAAUUCUUGGCAGAACUUUUAUAAUUUGUGCUUUCCCUUAAAGGGGCUGUGGGCUUACUAGCUUGCAGUAGUGUUAGUCCGGAGCUCCUUUAAGUUUGAGUGAUGUUUCUUAGGUCAGGUUAUAAGCAAACUUUUGAAGUGAUAAAACAACAUACUAAGUUGCUGUGUAUUCUGCUUGCCAUUUAAUCAUCAUUAUGUUAUAGGUCUAAUCAAUAUCAGCUUUUUUGCCAAUUAGUGAUAAAUCCCUUGACGCUUAUGAUUAUGAAUCUCAGUUUAAGGGGAGACCAUACAUUGUAUUAAGAGGUAUAAUGCAAAAGCUAUAAUGGUUUGCAAUGAAAUGCUUUGGUUUUCAGAUCCGGGGAACUGUCAGCUUCAUUUCACCAUAUAGUUAUCUCAAUUUUGUUCAGAAUGGCUUAGCAGCUUUUUCACGGAACUCUUGAGUGUCAAAGGUGUUAUCAUUAUCAGUAAUAGGCUGCCAGCAAACUGAUGGCCACCGCUACGUGACAAUUACAAUGUCUGAGAUGAUGCCAUUUUCACGCAUACUCUAGUGAAAUCAGUGCUGUCUAUUGGGUUUUACAGAAAUAGUUUGAUAUAAAGCUCGAGUUGCACAAUUUUAUUCACGUUUGCUCAGCUGUGUCGAUAAAAUGAUUUAUUUUUGUGAACGUUUUGCGCCUUCUGGUCUGACUUCUUGACAACGACAUGUUCGUAGCGUGAAAUCUGCAUGUUGUUAAUAUGUAUGUGUUCAUAUUUCUCAACUGGUGCUGAGAUUUUCCGCAUGUUUACUGUAAAAUGGGGUGAAUUUGGCCCAGGGGGUAAAAUUGCCCUAAUUUCCAAGAAGAUUGGCUGUAGUAUUCUGGUUACAACUUUCAUGUUGUCGAAUUAUAAGACAUAUCUCGUAUAUAAGGGUCAAGGCCGAGUCUACUUACUUUGUCAGGAAAAACUAGACAGAUCAUCCAAAAUUAGUCAAAUUUAUCGUAAUACUGUAAAAUCAGAAAACAUUUGCUCUGACCUAUUUAAUUUUGCAAGUCGUAGAAAUUUCAGAAUUUUCUUUCAUUUUUGUGGAUAAAUAAGUUCCCCUUUCAAAUUUCGCAGUUUCAUUUUCACCAUUAAUAUGAUUACCGGUAGCAAAAUGAAAAAAAUAAAAUGUCCAUUUGGCAGUUUGCAGUAAUAAAUGCUAGAUUUGACUGAUUUAGGGUGAGGUUAUACCAUGACAAUUUUGCUUGUAUCGACAUAAUCUUGUUGAUGUGGUCAGAGUUUCAUGAUAAGCUGUUAAUGUAACAUGUCAUUACAUAUCAUUAGUUCAUCAAAAUCUCUAAUAAAGAUUUCAUAAUCAAACCGCUAAUUCUGAAGCAAAGCAAUGCUUUCUGAGUAUUUCCACUGAACAGUUUUGUAAACAAAAAUUCCGACACAUUGCCUUACAACUUCUAAGCUUUGAAUGUUGUAUUGAAAUGAGACUUCCACAAGAUUUACAUCUUUCAAUUCAGAAAGUCAGGUCGAUCGAUCAUGGAGCUGCUAUAUGCAACUUAACCCCUUGUAAUCUGGGCGCUCAAUAGCUCAACAAGCGCAACUGCACAAUCUAUGUUAAAGCUUAAUAGUUAGGCCUAGAAAUUUUGUUCUUACACAUGUUUCAUUUCUUACGGUUAAAUCAUUAUUUCUGCAUGCCAUUAUGAAUUAGUUUAGGUUUAUUUAAUAACGUCCUGUUUGUGUGAUGAAAUAUUGAUGCGAGACAUUCUCUACUAUGAGUCCUUCCAUGGCUUUUGAGUCUGGGUAUGAAUAAUUUAGGGCGGGUUUAACCGAACAUCUCCUGCAGACAGUUCCGAGAGCUUUUCCAUUUAGCAGGACUCCUUGUGACGUCAGUCCUGCCAUGCACGAGGUCUAUAAACCUACAUGUAUAAAGACGACUACAUUAUAUGACGCAUAUCUUUGAUCGGCUGUGACAGUCUUCGCUGGCUCUGAAUGACUCGAAUAACUUUAUAAGUAAAAUUUGUUUAUUUUAUUGUAACCGCUAAUGAAAGGCCCAGUCGUAUAACUCUUUCAUCUCUUAUACCUCGAAUGCCAGGCUCCUGGAAAGGAGGCAGUUUGUACCAUAUUUCUAAUUAACUGGUGACGAACUAACCAGCUUAUUCAGAAAGAGCUACCAAUGGGGUUUGAACCUUCAACCUUCCAUUCAAGAGGCGGAUAACUCGACUACUGGGCCAUCGGGAUUGGUAUGUAAACUAUCAUAUACCUUAUAGGCAUGUAAAUCCUUUAACACAUCACUGUCCACUGUAUAAUUUGAGAUAUAGAUAAUACGACACUCUAACUCCAUCAGUCCUCAUCAACACAUAUGAAAUUGACAAGGUGUUACUUUCAAAAUGUGGCCUACACUGUUACCUUUUAACUCACAAAAAAAUGGCAGAAAAUCUUAUCAUGUAUUCUUUAUUCAUGGCAAAAUAUGUUUACUACCUUUGUGGCUCCAUAUUAUAUCUUAACCCGAAAGAUGGCCUUCUUCAAGUAUUAGCCCUCGCUUUCAGUAUUGUAUACCAAGUUGGACGCACCCUUUUUCGGUUGAAGUUGGGCCAACCCCAUAUAUAAGUGCAUAUAUAUAAUAAACAAACUUUACUAUAAGUGCAUUCACAAACUCGUAGGAUUUUUUCAAAUGACACAACAAAGCAUUCUUUACUUCUGUCAAGAUUCGGAGACACUGCAUCUUUUACUCUUUAUUGAUGGCGAUAUUCCACUCAAUGCAGACGUACUGUGUCGAUGCUAUUAAGAUGACUUGGGCAUGUCUCUAAUGCAUAGGUCUAUUACACAUAAGAUAGGUCUUUUGUGAAGGCACCUCUGAGCUGGCUACAUAGCAUCGACACAGUUUUUUUUUACACAGUGUUGUUUUUUCCUCGAGAGCUUGUACCAGUUGAUAUUGAUUCACCAAAUUCCAGAUUUUCGAUGUUGUUAUUAAAGAAUUUGAUGUCAGAUGUAAAAUAAAGGUGUGUAAAGUUGUCAUGUGGAGAACUGGCCAUUCAAAAUUCACUCGUGUUCUCCGUUAAGGUGACUUUUUAAGAGCUACGUAUUACAAGCGUUCAACUUCAUGCAUUCAUCAAUAGCUUUAUAUAAUUUUGUACAAAUUUCAAAGUUUUCCAGUGUUUUUUCCAAGUGCAAAUAAACUUUGUUUAUUUACGUAGGAGCUGAUUAUUUUCAAAGUAUCUCCUCUUUCUUGUAAACGUUUCAAUUUCCUAUGAAUGUAUAAUUUUACAUCAAAGAUUUUACAUCAGUGUAAAAAUAGAGGUUUUACCGAUGUGCACAUGUAUAAGAAAACUCCUAUUACAUGUGAAUCUUCAGUUUUGCAUGUGGCCCAUUUAUUUUCCAGUAAGUUAUUUUUACUUGUGACCCUCUUUUUAUUUGCAUGUGAGCUCUUGAAAUUUACAUGUGCAUUCACCUCAUUUAGUUACAUGUGAAUCUCGGGUUCACAUUGAUAAUGUGAAUUUUUUACAAUGUGAAUUAUUAGAUUUUACCUGCAAUGUAUGACCGGUCAUACACUGCUGGUUUUACAUGUAAAAUUUUACAGGAAAAUAGUAGAUUUACAUGUGAAUGUGCAUGUUUCUGCUGGGAUAUAUAUAUACAACGUGUACUUUGUGCUGUUGUGGGGAUGAUUUUGAUAUGAAUAAAUUGAUGAUCGGAUUAAAAUGGCUUUGAAUGAUCAGCAGCGUCUUCAUGCAUUGAUGAUAAAUUGUUUUUGAUUAAAAGAAAUGUUUACCUACUUCCCGAGGGUUUUUACAAAAACUUUAUCGAAGCUUUUAUUUAUUUUAAUGUAGUGCUGGAUACCACUUUGGCCUACGAAAAUGUCACAAACAAAACAAGCGAAAUGGUGAACAAAUGAUGCACUUAUCACUCAUAGCAUCUCCAUGUACAGAAUUUGUGUCCUUAGGCUAUGCACUUCAUCAUCAUUGUAGAUGUUCCAUGAUUGCAUCCGUCGUGGGAUCGACCUAGUAUGGUUACACGUUUUUUAUUUCAAUGCAACAACAAAACCAGCUCUUAGAAAGCUGGUACAUUUAUGUUACGAAAGUCGUCCCGAGAGUUUUGGAUGUUCUAGGGCGUUUUUUUUCUUCAAAAUGACGAUAAGUGUAUUUUUCUGAUUGACAGAUUUGUGUUUUAUGAUUAAUGUUAAGAAGGCCUAUUUGCGCUGGAGAUUUUGAUAUUUGCAGUAUUUUUAUCAAGCGUUAAAUCGAUGUGGCAGUUACAAAUGUACCUAAGUUAGGAAGAAUUUGUAUUUUCCUUAAAUGGAGUAUUUCCUUUUCUGUGAAUACUUGUAAAUAUGGUGAGUGUCUGAAUGUCCAAAUUACCCAUGGUGGAAUUUAAGAUCAUUGCCUAGUUGUUUGAUCUAAAUCAUAAGCACUAAUCAUUCAUAAUGUUGAUUCAGCAGGACCUCUCUAUUACGGACACUCAGGAGACUGACAAUGCUGUCCUUAAUUAAGAAGCGUCCUGAUUACAGAGGUUGUACUCAGUGAAAAUUACCAAUUUGGGACAAAAUGCAGUGUCCUUAAUAGGGUGGGUUUUCCUCACAGUGGCACUAAGAGAGGUUUCACUGUAGGGUUUUUUCUACGAACUGAUUACGGGGGGGGGGUGCACUGUUUAAGAAGAAAUUAUGAAUAAUGACGUCAUCCUCCAAUGGAUGGUCUGUCGUAAAAUAAUUGAUGUACUGAGAGCUAUAGCCCACAAGUCCAUUUGUUCAGAGAAGGUCUUAUGGGAUUUUAGUUCUCAGCACUUGAAUCAAAGGAAAUAAUGCAUUUCAAUUCUGCGAGGUCACUUGUGUCUGCUUGUGUAGGAUGCAGUGCAGCUUGUGUAUGAAUGGUUAAUUGGAAGUCUAAAUGAAAGUGGAAGUCUAAAUGAAAGUCUAACUGUCUAACAUAGAAUUUAUAUGGAUCGUAGCGUUGUUAACUAUAAAGUACCCCGGUUAAGAGGUAGUUCUCAGAUUCUCCUAUGGUGUCGCCUGUGGUGUUUUACCAAUAGAAUGGCCUGUAAUUCGUUCAUAUAGUGUGUUCAAUGUAUGCAUUCAUUUUUUGCCAGAGAAACAUUGUAAAAAGGCAACAAUUUUGUUAGAAUGAUUAUGCAUGUUCUAAUUUUGAGAUUAUUACAAAUUCUGGAUGUGCUUUAGAAAAUACUCCAAUUUAAAAAUGUUCAUGACUAUUCGAGCGAACUGUGUACAGUCCAAAUCACAAUUGUCAUCCCUAACUUCGUGAUAUUAGCGUGACAUUGACGCGCUACCGCACACAAUUUACGUGAAACAUAGAGAGAUAAGCAUGUCACUGGUGCGUCAUUGACGUGCAACUCGGGUCAUAACUAGCGCGUACGUUGCGUGUCAGUGACGUGCACCAGCAUGAAUAUCAUUUGUGAUUUGGACUGUUAACUGUGAAAUUAAAUGAGCGAUAUUUAAAAUCACUGCUGCAACCAGGGAUUAUGAUUGCUGGGUGCAAAAAGAUGGGGAUAAGGUUUCAGAAUGGGGUACAAUUAGUCACAAAUAGAGAUUUGGGCAACCUUAACAAAUCAAUAUAACAUCCAUACAUGCAUGUACAAUGUACAUAUCAAUAUCUGGGCAAUUAAGAUUAAAUGGGUCAGGUGACCAAAAAUUCACAACACGUAGAAUCAGUGUAACGAAUAAUUGAAUUUUUUCAUGCAAUUUCUUAUGAUAUGAUGUCAAAAUUGUUCAUACAUUGUGCAUUUACUUGAGUCUGCUUGGCGAAAUCUUUCCUUCACUUCACUAGUGUAAAAAUUGUACAAAGAUUUCUGUCGAUAACUUUUGUAAAUUUGUAUUUCGCCAAGUGGGGAUUUUGAAAUAUGGAGUGCUGCCAAACAAUUUGACACUUAUCCAUGCCUGUUUUGUCUUGUCCGUAUUUGUGAACAUGUGAAGACACCUAUUGUGAAAAUUGUAAACUACCGUAGCUUCACCUGAUAAAAGUUUGGUAUUUGAAAUUGAUUUUUGUGUGAAAAAUAGUUGUGGCUUCUUUUCACGAUUUUAGUGUACUGGUAUUACAAAAUCACACUUUGAUGGGAUUUGACGGAAAUUGGCGGGGUAUCUGAGCUGUUGGCAGGAAGUUCUAAAAUUGCAUUGGGGUUAAUGGUCAGAGCAAGGUUGAAAUUUUAUUUUUAAAGGCAGACUUUAUAGAGUCAGCUAUUAAAGGGAGAGUAUAGGCAGGAGGUAGGGUUGGUCAGAUUAAGUUUAGUACACAAAGUCACUGACGGGGGUCUCUCGUAUCUCGCAGUACAUCAAAACUGUUCACCGUUGUAUAAGUAACAUGAUUAUCACUGAAUCAAAGACAAACCCGACUCCAAAAUUUGCAUACUAGCCACCUGAUGACUGCUAAUUUCACCCCGUAGCCCCUGCCGAUACUCCCCCUUUAAAAAUAACUUUUUUGGUCUGACAGCCACUUCAAUUCCGGUGUUUUAAAAAUGAACUAAAACUUGAACAUAACUGGACUAGUCAAAUUUUGAACAGAGCAACACUUUGACAGUCCCAGAUGGGCUGCUGUUUAAAAGCUGUUUUAACAAUAUUUUUUCCCAACCAAGUGCCCCACCAGAUUUUCAACUGGGUAAACUGUGCAAAAUACGCACUGAAACUGGGCUAACCCUGGGUAUCCACAGAAUCCUCAAACUGUUGGUCACAUUUCUAUUAGUGUCGUGUUUCAUUUGCUGAUGUUUUAGAAACAGUAUUAUAAAUACUUAUGUAUUUCGAGGUUUUCAUGUGUACAUGCUUUCAGUGUGUGAAAUUCACUUUAUAAAGAUGCGAUGUUGUUUUCUCAGAUAUCAAAUAGCAGUAGAACCGCUCUUUAACAACACCCUUAGGACAGAAAAAUGCUGUCCUUAAUAUAUAGAGGUGUCCUCAUAACAGAGGUCAAAUUCAAUGGAAAUUACGAAUUUGGGACCAAAUGCAUUGUCCUUGGUAGAGACUGUUUACCUAAAAAAGAGCUGACCCUUGAGGGAGGUUCUACUGUAUCUAAAAAGUAAUGACAUUGGUAUGGUCAUUGUCAUUCUCACAGAGAUUUUCACCAACCCCACUGACAUACACAUACAUGUACAUGUACUGAUGAGAUUUGAAACAGCAGAAUAUUUUGUCAAAAUAGUCAAAAAUAUGGGUAAUGUAACUCUCAGUCCUUGGAUUCUUCAGUUCAUAUAGCUCCUUACCCCUUGCUUUAAUGGGGUGUCGUCUGUUUUUAGUGUGUGUACAUUUUCGCUGCAAACAGUCAACAUGUCAGAUUUCAUAAAAAAGAUAUUUUGUACUUAAGAAGAAAAUAAAUAAAGAAUAAAAGAUUAAAUGCAUAUAGAA